AUGAACAAGUCCGCAAUGAGCACAUCUGCAAGCUCAAAUGCGCCAAACCCGGCGCAUCAAGAGUCCUCGACCCCCAAAUCCCGAGCAUGCAAUAACUGCGCUCGGCUAAAAAUGAAGUGUCGAUGGCCAGAAGAUGACUCAGGAGACACCACGAGUUGUACAAGAUGCUCCCGAAUGAACAUAACAUGCGAUGUACCUGCGCGAUCCCAGCGCCGAAAAAGGGGCAAAUCCACUCGUGUUGCCCAGCUCGAGCAAAAGAUAGACGGGAUAAUGUCCUUUCUCGCCAAGAAUCAACAAGUUCAGCCGACGGGCCCAUCUCCUAUGACGCCAGAAAGCCAAUUCACCUGUCAAACUAGUCCCCGUGCUCCGGUCCAAGAAACACCGCAAUCACACGGCAUCCCGCGUUCAACAAGAUCCAAGAACCAGGCAAUCUUUCAACUCGUCCCCGGCUUUCAGUUAACCGCCCAAGAAGCAGCAAACUACCUAUCCAUAUACACUACAGAAUACGCACCCAACUUCCCCUUUGUCCUUAUCCCUUCUACCAUGAACCCACACAGUCUACACGCCGAAAGCCCCGGGUUAUUCUGGGCCAUCAUGACGGCGAUAGCCCCCCAGUCAUUCACCCUCCAACAGGAUGUCAAGACAUGGUUUCGGCAAUACAUAGCCGAGCACAUGAUUGUUCGACAGGAGAAGAGCCUGCACCUCCUGCAAGCGAUUCUCAUACAUCUAGCAUGGGGCGACUUUCACUUCUACAUCAAUUCCGAAGCAACCAACUUUCUUCAAUUAGCAUUCGCUCUAGUCAUGGACUUAAGGCUCGACAAGUCCCCCGAAUCCAGCGCAGCUACAGUCCGCUCCCUCCUCGGCGAGGCGUGGACGGCACUUCAUCAAGGCAUUCCGUAUAGACUGGGCGUCCCGCACACGUUGGACGACAAACGAGCUGUCCUGGGCUUCUACCACCUCUCAUCACUAGUCUCCUCAUUGUUUAAGCGAGGCCCCCAAUUCUCAUGGACACCUUACCUCUCACGGUGCUGCGAUUCCCUCAUCGACGCCCGCGAACACGAAUCAGAUUUCCAUCUCGUCGCCCUCGUCAAACUACAACGCAUCGCUGACCGAGCGUACAGCAUCCUCCCCACGCCAGGGGGCAUGACACGAGAUACUUGCACCUACAGAGCCGCUCUCGACAUGGCCAUAAACCAAGUUCGUCACGAACUAGACGCCUUUGUCGCCCUGCAACCGGACAUAGUCAAGCAAAACAAAAUCUUCUCCUCCUGCUACCGCGUCCUAAUAAUGCGCCUCUACGAACCAGCGCUCGUCAUGAAGACCCCUCCCCUGAGUGACUCGGACUCUCUCAUAAGCGAGCCUUUUCUCCGCGCCGACGCACUAGGAAACUGUCUCGAGUCUUCGAGAGAAUCAUUUGCUGCCCUACUAUCCAUACCGUCUGUCCAAUUAUCCCAGUUACCUCUGACGGGAACUGCGCUUCUGGCGUUCACAAUCGUCACGAGCUGUCGCCUCAUGUUUCUGGACACAUUGCCGGAUUGGCAGCCUGAAGUAGCGAGAAAGAGGCUAGACCUCGGAGCGGCAUUGGGAGGGGUGGCAGAUAAUUUUGCAGUCGCGGACAGAUGGGCAGUAGAGAAGAAUCGGAAGAGGAGGCUCAAGGAGGAUUGUGACAACAGGGGGUGUCAUUACACGAGUAGACUGAGGUGGAUUCGGCAGUGGUAUUUAUCUAAGACUGGGGGCCAAGAUGUCCAACCUCAAUCUGAAGAAAAUGCAGACGAGCAAGUCAGGUACCAAUGGACAAUGCGGCUUGGCCAGAUGUGA